GAGACUAAUGUGAAGUGUUUCUUCUUGCCUGGAAUGGUGAAAUUUGAGGGCUUGUUGAUGCAGCAGGUGAGUGAGGAGGAGCUUAACAGAAAGGGUAAAAGUCUUGAAGAUGAAGAGGUUGAGGAACUAAGACAUGAGUUAGACGCACAGAUACAGGUGAGAACUGCCCUUCAGGCUGCCCUGAAAGCCCCGGUCAGCUCUCGUCCCAAACUCUCUUCCCUCCCUCCCAUGGUCCAACAACUCAUUGAAGAGGUCAUGUACAUUGAGGAAGAGAUCUUCUGGCUGGAGAGAAAGGUGAAAAACUUGAAACUUAGUUUGUUACGCGAGAAGGCACUGACGAAAUGCCAGGAAAAACGUUAUCACCGAAGGAUGUUAAUUCCCAGACCCACAGAUUCAUACCCUCCUCAGUCUCGUGAAGGAAGUGUAAAGUGCAAAACUAGAAGAAAUGGGAGAGCUUCCAUCUGUUCACCGGUGGAUCUCAGAAGCACUUGUUCUACAAUGUCUAACAAUGGAGAUGUUGGGGAGAGCUCAAGGAGUUCAAGAAACAGGAGAUCCCAUACUCAACCGGACCUAAAGAACAGUUCCGAGAAACCUAAUAAGCUUUCGGAAGAACUGAUAAGAUGUCUAGUAAAUAUCUUACUCAAACUAAACAAGGCAUCACUCGAGAGUCGAGGGUCAGCUGUUUUUCAAAAGCAUCAGCAGCCGCUUUCCAACAAGAAAUCCAAAAGAUUCAUGUCAAGAACCUCAUUGAGUUGUACAACAUUAUGCACCUUUUCCUUCAACGACUAUGCUUCAAACCUCGACCCUUACGGGAUUUUGCAAGAUUCUGAUGGCAGUAUCACACAGAUUGGGUCAUACAAGAAUUUCAUUGAAGUCUCACGAAGCUCACUCGAUACCAAGCAUAUUUCUGAGUGUCUUCCAGAGAUGGGAAAAUUACGGAUUUUGCUUCAGAAACUCAAACAUGCAGAUUUGUCUUACUUGACAAACAAGCAGAAGUUAGCAUUCUGGAUUAACAUCUACAAUGCCUGCAUAAUGCAUGUGUUUCUGCAGCACGGUUUACCUUUAUCAGGGGAAGAUCAAGUGGCACUUAUGAACAAGGUAUGUAGGGGUGGAUUCGGGUCAGGCCACCCGGCCCGCUACUGUGCGGGACCGGGACCGGCCCUGUUCUCGGGUCCGGAGAUUACCCGGGCCGGUCCUGGGCCCCCCAUUCCUAAACCGCCGGCCCGACCGGGCCUAGGCCCGGGCCCGAACCGGCCCGGCUCCACCCCUAAAGGUAUGGAGCUUUCUAUUUCACCCUCUUGUUCAGCCAAGUUAUGGCAUUUAAAUCAAAAGAAGGUAUAAUGUACUGUUAAAUGUAUUUGUAAAUGUCUUUAAACCAUAGAUGCAUUAAAUCAUAAUGCUCAGAACUCAUAAUGGUUCUUUCCUUUUCAUUUUUUCUGGCAAAGGCUGCAAUAAAUGUUGGUGGAAUUAUAUUAAAUGCAUUGGCCAUUGAGCAUUUCAUCCUUAGGCAUCCAUCUGACAGCGAAUAUGACCUGAGAGAUGAGAAGGGAAUCAUGCUGAGGACUGCAUAUGGCCUGGGUUACCCAGAACCAAACAUCACUUUUGCACUUUGCCGGGGCAGCUGGUCAUCACCAGCAUUGAGGAUUUAUACGCAUGACGUUGUGAAUGAAUUGGAGAGAGCAAAAGUUGAGUAUUUGGAGGCUUCAGUUGGAGUUUCAAGCAGCAAGAAGAAGAUAAUGGUUCCCAAGCUGAUGCGGUGGCAUAUGAGAGAUUUUGCAGAUGACAUGGAGUCACUAAUAGAAUGGAUUUACAGCCAAUUACCACAUUCUUGCACACUGAAAGGAUUAAUAAUGGAGUGUCUAGAAGGGGGGAAGAAAACACCGUUGGCUAAAAUGAUUGAAAUCCAACCCUAUGCUUCUGAGUUUCGAUAUCUCUUGCUUUUAUAGAUACAGCAAGAAAGCAUCAUUACAAUAGAGCAGAUAAUUGUCUCCGUAAAUAGAAACUACUCCCUCUGUCCCCCAAAAAAUAGUUCUGCUUGUAAUACAAACAACUCUUGUCUAAAAUGGAUGCAGUUACAGAAAGAAACCAUUUG